UUGAGUUUUUGACUUCGUUUGACUUUUAUAUUGAUCUAAUUUUCAAAAUAAAAAGUGCAUAAUUACACUAAUAUUUUUUAAAUAAAUAUACAAAUGUAAUUUGGUUUAAAAUCUAAUGAUAUACGAUGAGUUGUUUUUAUUUAAAAAUUUACGUUCUUUUCAACGUUAUAUAUAUUUGUUUUGGACUAAACAGAGAUGAAAUUAUUUUUCAUUACAAUAAUACUUACAAAUACAAUGAACUAUACACGGUGGCUGUCAGUAAGAACACAGAAUACAUUAUGGAAUUUGCUGGCGACUACGAGGCGUAUGACACGCCGGCCCGGGUGACGGUCGCCAGCGAUUUCGCGAAUCGUACGUACCCACUCUUCAUCACGGCCAGGCAGCAGAAAGGUGUCUUUUCAUGGCAGCUUCCCAUGACGGUGCAGACGAUCAGCGGCUUGGAGCAGUUCACGAACAUAUCGCGUACUCUCUGCCCGCACAAUAAUAUAUUCUCCGAAGACGAAGAUACUUGCCUCAGUGACAAAUGGAUUCGAGUGUACUGCGGGCCGUUAAUACAUGUGUCCACACUGAACACACCCAUAGUGCACCUGACUUCCUCGUCGCCGGAUCCCAUAAACGUGACCAUCCUGGUGGAGACCGUCCAGGAUUUCUACGUGAAACUGAACGAAACGACGAAUCUGACGAGCACACCGAGCCAGCCCAAAUACUAUUUCUACCCGUUCGACCAGGGCCGGAACAGCGUGGUCGAUCUGGCAGCGCAGAGGGCGAGGAAGAAGUAUUUAUGCACUGGCAAUGGGGGGGGCAAGCGGUAUUUCGUGAACAGAAAUUUGGAUACGGCGUACGGAUGGUUGUCUCGGCCGAAGAGCGUCAUUCUGAUUAUUGAAUCGGAUGACGAUUUAUGCGCAGUUGUGUCCAUUCAGAACUUCUCCUGUCCAGUUUUCGACAAUGAAAGGGAUAUUUUAUAUGAUGGUUAUUAUUUAACAAUGACCAGGAGAGGAGGUAUUACGUUAACGCAAGAUUCAUUCCCCGUUGGCUUCUACAUUGUAUUCAUUGUGAAGACAUCGGACGAGGACUGUACCGGACAAGCUACUGGUAAUUCGAGUUUACCCAAAAUGGCCCAGUAUUUCGGGUGGGACGAUUCGAUCAGUGUACCAACGAACGAUGGCAGAGUCAAAACUUUCAGUUUACGCAUAAUUGAGACAAUAUCAUAUCAGGAGUAUAUGAUAGCCGCGGGCGCAGCGUUGGCUUUCUUUCUAUCCUUCUAUAUCGCCUUCAUACUAGUUAUUAUCUUUCAGAGGCGCCGGAGCCACCUUACUGAGGAGCCACUAUUAGCGCCGUCGACGCCGCACGACAGCUCGCUGGCGUCGCGCGGCGCACGCGCAGAGCGCAGCGGCAGCAGCCGCCACUGCGACGGGGAUAAUAAUAGGACCGAGGGUAGUUCGUCAUCGGACACCGACUCUGACCUGUCCACACUGGACGACAUAAACACGGAAAAAGAUCUCUACCUGCACGGAAAUAAACUCUGUGUUGCCAAUUUAUCCAGAUGCCGGCCCCGGGUGCUGUCCGCGCGCUCGAAAAUGUAUCUCUGGAACGUGCUAACCGUCGCCGUGUUCUAUACUCUGCCAGUUAUACAACUCGUGGUCACUUAUCAGAGGCUACUGAACCAGUCGGGGAACCAGGAUCUGUGCUACUUCAACUUCCUCUGUGCGCACCCGCUGAUGGUUCUCUCUGAUUUCAACCACGUCUACUCCAAUUUGGGCUACGUGCUACUUGGCGCUCUGUUCCUAGCCGAAGUGUGGCAUAGACAUCGGAGGUAUAAGGAGAAUAACGUAGAGGUCGGUAUACCGCAACACUUUGGCCUGCUCUACGCAAUGGGUAUAGCCCUGGUGAGCGAGGGCUUACUCUCCGCCGCGUACCAUGUGUGCCCGAAUAGCAUGAAUUUCCAGUUUGAUACGUCCUUCAUGUACGUAACAAGUGUGCUGUGUAUGGUGAAACUGUACCAGGCGCGACACCCGGACAUAAAUGCGCGUGCGCACGCAACGUUCGGUGUACUCGCAUUGAUCAUAUUCAUCGGUCUCGUCGGCGUCCUGAACGCUAACUUCUACUUCUGGGUCGCCUUCACUGUACUACAUCUGGUCACAUGUCUUGUGAUGACCUUCCAGAUCUAUUAUCUCGGAAGGUUCCGUUUGGAGCUGGGCGCGCUGUGCCGCGCGGCGCGCGCGCUCGUGCGGCGCCCGCUCGCCGCCGCCGCGCCCGCGCGCGCCGGCCGCUGCGCGCUGCUGCUGCUCGCCAACCUCGCCAACUGGGCGCUCGCCGCCUACGGGUGCGCUCCACGCCGCUCCACACCGCACCACACUACACUACACUACACUACACUACACCACACCACC